AUGUCACCAAACUUUAAUUCGAUAUUUUACGACUCGGCCGUUUCAAGCCCUACAGAGCCUCAAUUGACAUCGCCAGAUGGUUCUAUUGACCCAAAGGGUGGUCUUUCCUAUAUCUCAGUAUACUCUACAGUCAUGGUCUUCAACCCAGAUUUCAACUUUGGGAACAUCAUCAAACGAAGUAGCACUGGCCCAAUCAACGGAAAUUUCACUAGCUGGUUCGAAAGCGACGGCGAAUCAUCACCAGUCAGAAAUACGCCAUUGGCAAAGAUCGAGGAAAUCCCAUUGUCCCCAAAGUCCAAGCCUAGAUCAAUAUUAACUUGCGAUCUGGAGGGCAAAUCCGCAAAUCCGAAUAAAGUAUAUUCUGAAUCCAACGAGUCUCGGAUCGGGACAGCUCUUCUGCGACCAAAGUCAAACCGUAAAGUUAAUCCGAAAAAGCAGUCGCCGCACAAAGUUGAAGUAACGGUGCCAGCCAACGGCAAAAGCGGCCAGCGUCUAGACCGACGUUGCAUGCUUGACCGAAGCGAUGCGCAAUACAACUCUAUUCUCCUAUCUGAGAGCCAAGAUGAGGACCAGGCUGAAAGUUACCGCAGCCGGGAAGGAAGCGAUUGGGGCUUGGAUGAUCGGGAUACUGAUUAUCAGAAGUUAAUAUUGAAUUCUACUGCUUCUUUGCCUUAUUCAUCCAGCAAUAGUUCAUCCAGCACCAUAAAACCAAUCGAGACCCCAGCUUCUGUUGUUACUCCUGUACUGCCUGUUGUGGAGGAACCCUCGAAUAGAAAUUUACGGAUAUUCCGACCGAAGUUGCAACUUCGAACCGCAAUUAGCAAUCCAACAUUUAGGACUACUCCAGUUUUGAUAGCUCCUGCCAGCAGUGAGCGACGAAACUCCAAGGAGAAGGGUCUGACACAGAGAAAAGGACCUCGUGCCACAUCCUCACACUCUACAGUUUCAAGGGCCGCAUCGCCAGAACGGAAUACCACAGAAACGCCGCAACAAUCUCGUACAAAACUUCCAUUGCACUCGCUGCUGCUUAGCCCGCUGGGCGCUGUCACAAGAAGCAGGAGUAAAAGCACAAGCCGAGGCCGCAUUCCUAGUAUCGCCCUCUCAAUCUCCAACAGCAUUAAUAUUGGCAACAACAACAACAGAUUAUCCAACAGCACCGCCCGUUAUUCGUCUGUCUCGGUUGGGCCGUCCCAGGAAAUCGACGAAGCAGACGAAGUGGUCGCAGAAUUGUCAGACAUGGUGUCGCACGGACAAGUCGUCGGUUCCGCCAAGGAACAGCAGCCUAGUGGCUCUUCAAGAUCCGUUUCCCGUUUUCGUAGAUUCAGUUUGGCAUACCUUUCCGGAUCCGAACAUGACUAUGACGGAGGAAGCGAACAGUCGUCUAGGUCGCCAUUAAGGAGUUGGAAAUCUUGGUCAAAUAGGUCUUCUAUCGCAUCUUUUUCUUCUGCAAAUAAUAGGCACAGCAGGGCGAGGUACUCCGCUGCGUCUAUAUCUACUUCCCAGGGUUCGUCAUUAUCUUCAUCAUCUACUUCAGCUCUAGACCACCACACCCAUCCGGAAACAGGAGUUCACGUGGAAGAUAGACGACGUCCAUCACUAUCCGGCUCUUCAGUCGCAGAACUUCCUUGGAGACAAGUACCACCACAAACUUAUGCGCACCUGAUGUCGUCUCGAAGGAAUUCGGUGGCCACACCCACUGCUACCCACCAAUGGCAAUACUCCCAGACACUCACACAAACAUUUACUGCUACUAAAACCUCUUCUCCAAAUCUUACCGCAGCCACCUCUAGAUCUUCAGAUGGAUCAUCCAUCCAUUCUCUUGUCGAAAGGGUAUAUUCGGCACAGCCAACCCCAGCAACCGAAGGAGAAGACCCCUUCGUUGCAUUCUACAUGGCUACAAAACCCAAAACAAGCCCACUAGAAAUCCAAGCCGAAGAGAUUCGCGCUUAUGAGAAACAACAAAAGCAGGAAAAACUCUUGCAACGUAUCGCAAAUGGCAGCUUCUUUGAUUCAGAUGAUGAAAGUGAUGAUGAAGACGAGGGCGCUGGCAUUCUCGAUUCCGACGAAGAUCUCUUUGGCCAUUCCGCCGCCCAUGACUGGUGGAUGUCCGGGAUCGAAGAGGCUCCGGAAGAAGAUGAAGAAUGGGAAAUUCCCCGUGUACCAUCAUUAGAGUUUGAUACAAGGUCUCAACAACGGGAGAGUAGUAUAUCGACAGGGACAACACUCACCACUGAUGAUCUACACCCCUCGACACCGACUGCCGCAGAAAUCGCACACUAUCGAAAGAUCACAGAGCUAGCGAUGACAGAGCCUCCAGAGAAGAGGAGGAGGAGGAGAAGACGGACAGCAAGUUCGGAGUGCUUGAUAGUCGAAGCUGCAGAGGGUUUGAGAACAAUGUAUCUCGAAGAGCCUUCUGAUGACUGCGCAGUCGAAGAAGACGACGAUAUCAUGGGAACCAGGACACCACAAUCCGGAGAGCUUCCUCUGUCGCCAGUCAAACCCUUGUCACUAUUACCAGAGUCCGAAAGGGCUUCUAGACGUAUCUCGAUGUCUUAA